AUGGACAUGAGGCGGGGAACAACCCAGCUUAUUUCUCUGACCGGGGUAGCUGUUUUGGUGUGUGUUUGGUAUCUGCAUAAGCGUCAAUUAUCGCGCGAGAGCACGCGCAAGGAUCUGCAGCCAAAUUUGUUAGCAAAGAAGAAACCGAAAGUUGGAAACCGACCCGCGUUGGACAUUCUUUAUCCAAAGUCAGAUAAUAUUGGCGCCGAAGAUGCAGAAAUCGAUAUCGUCGCUGUUCAUGGCCUUGGCUCCAAUGUCGAUUGGUCAUGGACCUGGAAAGAUGACACGCAGAUGGUGGACGGCAAGCCACGUCUCGUGAACUGGUUGAGCGACGACGACAUGUUACCGAAGAAAGUGCCUAGGGCACGGGUUCUGGCAUACAACUACGAGUCAAGGUGGCAUCUUGACGCUGCCACGACUCGGCUUCAGGUCUGCGGCAAACACCUAGCUGAGGCAAUUCAUGAGUUUCGAGAAGACUCUAGUGAUCGACCCCUCAUUUUCAUUGGACAUAGUCUGGGUGGAAACGUUAUUCAACAUGCUUUGUUGUACGCGGAGACUGAGCAAAAUUUGAAAUAUUUGGUUGAGCUUACCGUGGGACUUAUCUUCCUGGGCUGCCCCUUCAAGGGGUCAAAGAUCCAGCAGCUGGCAUCGGUGGUCAUCCAGUCCUUGAAGGUGGCCGGCGCCGACGAUGGAAUUAAUGGAUAUUUAGGUUUCGGUAGCACUGUUCUUUUGGACAAGGUUGACAGCUUUCAGCGUCUCCUGGAGAGGAAUAUGAUUCCUUUCUGUGCUUUUAUUGAGCAAAGGAAAACAGACUAUGGAAACAAAAUCUAUAUCCCAGGACUGAUCAAGGAUCUGGUUGUCAACGAAGAGUCUGCUGGUGCAUUGGGUCCACACAAGGUUCAUCUGAACACUGAUCAUUUCAAAAUUAACAAGUACUCUGGCCCGGAGGACCGUUCUUUCUUGAGUGUAUCCGCCAAAAUCACCGACAUGUACAAAGGCUGGAGACCACUGAUUGCAAGCAAAAUGUCUGGACCCGAGUCUGGCGUUCAAAGAAAGCUAAAGUUCAACAAAGAGCGCCAUGAAGGCAUUGUUAACUUCCUGGCCAAGUUUGACUUUUCAGCGCGGUAUAGCGAUGUGUUUCUCACUAGACACAAAAACACCGGGCAAUGGAUUCUGGAGACUGAAGGCUUUCAGCAGUGGCUGUCAGCUGCCGGGAAAACACUCUGGUGUCCUGGAAUCCCCGGAGCAGGAAAGACGACUUUGUUCGCAAUUGCAGUCAAUUAUCUCCAGGAAAAAUUUCACAAGAAGCAAGAUGCGAUUAUCUUCGCAUUUUGUGAUUAUAAAGACCGAUUGAAUCAAACAGCACACAACAUAUUGCUCUCGCUAUGGAGGCAGUUGAUGCAAAACCGCAUCCUCACUGAGGCCGAAUGUGAACGACUCGAGACAACUUAUCUGAAAAGAUCCGUGGUUCCAACAACCGAUACCGUCCUGAACAUGCUUUCAGAUGAAUUGAGCAAGUACUCUCGGGUAUUCGUUAUGCUGGAUGCCCUCGAUGAACUCAAGACCGAAACUCGAGAUGAACUACUUUAUCUGAUAUCAAACCUACCCAAAAGCAAAAAUUUGUUGGUUACAUCCCGAGUUCCAAAAGAGAAAACAUCUCCUUUCAGUGAUGUUCCUCAACUGGAGAUUCGAGCCAAGGAAACGGAUCUCACAGAGUAUAUCGAUGGACGACUACAGUCUAGCAGACUCUCCUCGAAGCUGAUGCACAACAACAAGCUCAAACGGGAAAUCAAGGAUACGGUAAUAAAAAAGGCGAAUGGAAUGUUCCUCCUUGUCAAGCUUCACCUUAACGCUCUGGCAGACCAGCACACCACAAAGGGUAUCCAAGCUAGUUUAAGACACUUGCCAGAAGGAGAAAAUGCCAUCUCACGAACAUACGAAGACGCGAUUUCUCGUAUCUCUGACCAGCCACAGAAAGAUCGGGAACUUGGCGAGAUGAUCGUCCUGUGGAUCGCUCACGCCCAACGGCCGUUGAGCUUAAAGGAUUUGCAAUAUGCCUUGACCCUCCAAGAAGAAGAUGACGAAAUAGAUCCUAAUGACUUGAUUCCUGGAGAAUUGCUCACUUCAACCUGCGCUGGUCUUGUUACGAUCGAGGAUGUCUCGGGAAGAAUUCAAUUUACCCAUUCCACCGCUCAGGAAUAUCUCGACUCAGUCAAAUCAGCCAAAUUCCCCAAUGCUGAUGUUUACAUCGCGAAGCGUUGUAUUCAAUAUCUUUCAUUGUCUAUGUUCUGUACAGAGACUAAAGAAAUCCACACCACGGCGUUCUCAAAGACCGUUGCCAAAUUCCCAUUCCUGGAAUACGCAGCACUUCAUUGGGGACUUCAUGCGAAAAAGGCCAACUGCAAUGAAGCCGAGAAUGCAAUAAGAACGGCGGUCCUUGCCCUUUUCAAUCUCAAGCUGCAGUCUAUAUUCACGGUGCGCACUCUCUUAUGUGGAAUUGCUGGUGUCGAUGGGGCUGAGAUGGGCGACAACCUGGCAAGGAGCGAGCGAUCGAUAAAAUUGAUCAACAUUGCGGCAUACUUCGGAAUGGACUUUUUGAUCCAAGACUUAAUUACUCAACGACCCGAGAUAAUUGUUGACUCUUUUGAUGAUUUCGUUGGCAAUGUCUUACACUGGGCAGCAUUCGGCCAACAUGUUACGACACUGGAGUUGCUUCUGAGCCAACCUUCCACCUCCCAAAUUUUGAACCAGAGGGGAUAUUCGUUUUUCACGCCGCUGCACAUAGCAUUAGCUCACAGACGUGAUCGCUCGGCUGAGAUUCUCCUGGACCAUGGGGCCGAUGUUACAAUUAGGGCGCACUUUGACCAUACGCCUUUGCUAGUCGCAGCUCUGACUGGAAACGGAGCAAUGAUUCCCAAAAUCCUGUCCAAGAAGGAAGGUAUCGAGACCUUGUUGGUUCAGGCACAUGGAGGAACUACACCCUUCCGCGCCGCUGCAUGGUGGGGACACAAGGAUGCAAUGGUGGAGCUCUUGCGUGCCCUUGACAGCUAUGAGCUGAGUGAAACCCUUGACGAGCUCAGAGACGACUUUGGCAGAAACCCACUGCACAUGGCUGCAGAACACGGUUAUAUCAACAUUUGUGAGGUCCUUCUCAAGUCAAAAUACGGGGCUCGCCUUGCUACCAGUGAGGACUACUGGGGCGCCCCUCCGGUGGCCUUGUCCAUUCUUCAUGGUCAUGUUCAAGUCACAGAGAUGUUCCUCACCUGGGAUGAUGGAGCACUCAUGGAGGGCGAAGAGGGAUUUGUUGCGGAUGCUCUGUUGAUGGCAGCUAGAUGGGGACAAGCAUUUGUUGUUGAAAUGCUUUUGAAACGUCAUCCGGAAAGCUUACUAGUAGAUUUCCAGAACCUAACAGUUCUUCAUCAUGCUGCCUACAGUGGAUCUUUAGAAACGGUCAAGAUCAUUAUUGGUCACCCUGGGGGACGAGACAUGUUGGAGGCGCGGGACAAAUCUGGAAACACAGCCUUACUUGGAGCGUGCAGCAAAGGCCUUGCUGAGGUGGUGGGAUACCUCAUUGCAAAUGGGGCCAUGAUAGACGCCAAGAAUGAUAAUGGGGAAACAGCUCUUCAUCUUGCUUGCGAGGCAAAUGUUCAAGAAGUUGUGAAAAUUCUUCUGCAAUCUGGCAUUGAUUCCAAGGCCGCAACAUCAGAUGGCCAUACAGCCCUGGAUGUAGCAAUUUCGAAUGAUGCGCUGGAAGCGAUUCAGCUGCUUCUGAAUGCAGGAAUUGACGUCCCAGAAGGCAUCACCAUCCCUGAAGUCCCAGCUUGGAGAAAGGCCACAAUUUCUGUAGGAUAUUGUCCCCAGACUCCGAAAGACCAAUUCGAAGCGUACUUCUAUCUCAAGAAGGCCACAUCUGGGAAGUUUUCGUCAUCGUUGCUCUCGCAUAUCUUCGAUCUCGCCGAAUACUGGCUCGUGAGUGAAACUGAGCGAGUUGAACACAAGUGCGCCGCAAGACAACAUGGCGAUACAAUGGUCUACCUACGCAGUGCCCCAAUAUUCGGAAACUUACACCACCCCGUCAGAAGAAUCGACUUCGAAAUCAUCAGUCACGACCAAGGGUACAGUGGCGACGCCCACCUGCAUGGACAAUACGAUGGCUCUUAUUCAUGGUUUGAUGCAAGCCGUGAAUGUCCACCGGGACCAUUUGAGGAAGCGGCUCGCCGAAUCCCUGGACCGGAGGUAUUGCGAAAUGUUCAUGCAAGCUACGAUUGGCAUAAACAUCGCGUCAUUUGGUGCUCAACUACUGGUGAAAAGUAUCUCCAUGUGCGCACAGAUGAAAACACAGAAGAAGAGAUCGAGGAAUCUGUUGCUACCGUUCGUUAUGACCACAGGUCACCAAAGCCUGCUCCUUUGAAGUGGAUCUCUGAGAUCAAUCCUGGAGACCGACUGGCCGUGAACGCUACAGCGAUGUUUCCGGGGUGGGAGAAUCACAUACAAAGAGCCAAGGCUUUUAUCCAUACAAGUUGUCUUAAGGCUAGUGCGCACUCUUAA